AUGGAUCUCUUGGAGCUGGAAGGCACGGGCAGCGGCUGUGAGGACAGAAACUGUGGCCGAACAUCUGGCUUCUCCGAGGGGUGUUUGAACGAGGAGUGCCAUUUGGACGAACCUAUUUUUGGGUUCAUCGAGUUAUUGUGCGUGACUGUCAUUUAUAUCCCACUGAUGCUCUUUGGGCUUCUGGGAAAUAUUCUGACGAUCCUGGUGGUUUGGCUGCGACCUCACAUGAGAAGCUCUACCUACCUGUACCUGAGCAGCAUGGCCGUCAGUGACCUGCUGAUCCUGCUCCUGCUGCCUCUGGAUCUGUACAAGCUCUGGAGGCCCAGCCCCUGGUAUUUAGGAGACGUGGCCUGUAAGCUCACCAUGUUCCUGUCCGAGUGCUGCACCUUCUGCACCAUCCUCCACAUCACCUUCCUGUCGCUGGAGAGGUACCUCGCUGUCUGCUGGCCAAUCACAGCCAAGACCCUGGUCACACGGCGCAGAACGAGGGCUCUGAUUGGCUGCCUGUGGCUCGGGGCGGCCGUCAGCGCAGCGCCAGUGUUGGUCAUGGUGGGAGUGGAGGACGUUGGGAGGGAGGAAGAGUGUCGCUUUACGCAUUACGCCGUCACCUCCGGCCUGCUGUCGGCCAUGAUCAUCUUCUCCAACCUGUACUUCCUGGUGCCGCUGUGCAUUCUGGGAUUGGUCUACAGCCUGAUUGGACGCACGCUGUGGCUGCGUCCUCAAAGCAGCCGCCGAGACCAGAGUCACCGGCACACGAUCAAAAUGCUGGGAGUCAUCGUCCUGGCCUUCGUCCUCUGCUGGCUGCCCUUCCAUGUGGGUCGGACCAUGUUCAGUCUAGCUCUGGGCAACUCGUAUUUUCUCUACCAUCUGUCUCAGUAUUUUAACCUGGUGUCCUCCGUCCUCUUCUACCUCAGUGCCGCCAUCAACCCUCUUCUGUACAACCUCAUGUCAGCCAGGUACAGACACGCUGUACAAAGCCUCGUCCACACACACUCUCACACACCUUCACACCGUCCGCGCACACUCACAGCACGACACUCCACCACCACCUCGUAA